AGAACCUGGGCAUGCCAGCAGUGAGGGACAAUGGGGAGGUUCCACAGAGGGCUGGGCUACUGCUGUGUAACAAUGGGUGACCCGUGCCAGGGCGGGCCAUCGCCUUGAAACGGGGGACACCAUAAACAGAGCCACAUGCAGCAAGGAACGAGGAGGAGACUGAAGAGGAAGGAGCCUGUCAGCUGCCUACCUUUGCUCUGCUUCCUGCCCCACCUCCUAUCACCUGCCAUCCCACUGCUCCUGUCUGGAGCAGUAGCACAGAAGGCCCUUGCUCACAGCAGGUCUGUGUUUUCGGACAGGUCAGCAGCCAUGGCAGAGCUCACCCUGGGCCAGAUGCUGGAUUCGGCCAUCGGGACGCCCAAGACUGAGCCCAUCAACUUUGAGCAGCUGCGCAACCUGCUGCGUGGGAUGCUUGUGAACCUGGGCCUGCAGGAUCUGUCCAUCCAGGCCAGCGGGGAACCCCUGGAGGGGGCCCCGAAAAUCCCCCCACCUAGCUCUGUGGCUGCUGACAUUGAGGAGUUAAAGCAGAGAACGGAAGCCAACGAAAGAGAAAUCGCUGAGGUCAGGGCUCUUUGCGAGGGGCUCCGUGUGGAGAUCGACGAGAUGAAGGAGCAGCAGUCCCAAAUGGCAGAGAACAUGCAGAAGAUGCAGGAGACUCUGGACACUGUGAACUUCGAGGAUAUGCUGGAGAACCUCCGCGACCAGCUGGUGGACAGUGUCAUGUCUUCUGUGAAGGACGUGAUGGACAGGAUGGAUGGAUGCCAGGAUGGACAGGCCCCCCCGGACUGGCCGCAGGGCUCUGGCAUUCGCUCAAACCCUUGGGAGGACCCCGGGCUGAUUGUCAUCGGAAACGAAAUUACCCUUGCGGACAGGUUCAUGGCAUCCUCACCAAGGCAGCGGGAUACCCAGCCCUCCAGCCCUAUGCCCUCAAAGUCCAGGGCUGGGGCACAGAGCAGAGGGAAGGACUUGUCACCUGGGGGCAUGAGCAGCCCCCGAGUGUCCUUCAUGGAAAGCGACACGGGAUGGAACGACAUGGGACAGAUCCAGGAUGAGGAGAUCAAGAUGGGCAUCUCCAAGGGAGCAGCUCUUCCCAGCCCAAAGGCAUGGAGCAGAGGGAAGAAGUUGCCACAGGGGGCUGUGAGCAGCCCCCGAGUCUCUUUCAUGGAAAGCGACACGGGAUGGAACGACAUGGGACAGAUCCAGGAUGAGGAGAUCAAGAUGGGCAUCUCCAAGGGAGCAGCUCUUCCCAGCCCAAAGGCAUGGAGCAGAGGGAAGAAGUUGCCACGGGGGGCUGUGAGCAGCCCCCGAGUGUCCUUUGUGGAAAGUGACGUGGGAUUGAGUGACGUGGAACAGAGCGGGGAUGAUGAAGAGAUCAAGACAAGCAUCUCAAAGGCAGAGGCCCUUCCCAGCCUCCUGGAUGCUCCCCGUGGGAUGAACAACGUGGAACAGAUCAAAGACGAAGAGAUCAAGAUGAGACUCUCCAAGGCAGAGUCUCUUCCCAGCCCCCUGCGUACUCCCCCUGAGAUGAAUGACGUGGAGCAGAUCAAGGACGAAGAGAUUGAGAGGAGCUUCUCUAAGACAAAAAGUUUGGAUGGUGAUGUCACUGCCCUGAGAGUGCAUCCAGGAUCCCCUGGCAUCCACACCCCCAUCCAGCCCAUGAUGUCAGUACGAGGCCACCGAAUAUCACAGACCCUCUGGAUCCCAGCUGAGAGUGUGGCUGGGACUGACAGUGGCAGCAGGUCCCGGACAGCCAAAGAGGCGCAAGGAAGGGGCAGCUUCAGGAUGGAGCCCUCCCAGAUCGAACCCGGGAUGUGA